GCCAGUUGAGCAGAGAUUGUGUAGCAGAAUGGAGGAAGAAUUGCGGUGUCCGGUAUGUAAACAACUAUUUAACAACCCGGUGCUGUUACCGUGUUACCACGCCCUUUGUCUCAACUGUGCCGUUCAUCUGCAACAACCCGCCUCACAACAUCCUCCCCCUACCCAAGCCGCAGAACUUGCGAACGAGUCAGCCGGUGGGGGCGGAGGCGGUGGUAGCACAAGCAGCGGCGGCGGUAGUGAACUAGGGGUAGCAGAUUAUCAGGAAGUUGAUAAACUCUCGAUUUUAAGCGAAACAGACAGCGGUGUUGUCUGCAACAGUCGUCCGAACAGCUACGUGGGUACACCCAAUAUCCAAGGCAUUCUAUUUCCACCUUUAGCAAGCAGUGCUUUGUCGUUGGCUUGCCCGGUUUGCCACAAAGUGGUUUAUUUUGAUGAAAACGGGGCUCAUAAUCUGCCCAAGUAUAGGGCAAUGCAGAGUAUCGUAGACAAAUAUGGAGAAACACGUAACUUAACUCUGAAAUGUCAGUUGUGUGAAACUGAACCCGCAGAAGACGCGACUGUAAUGUGCGAGCAAUGCGAAGUGUUGUACUGUGACACGUGUCGAGAGAAUUGUCACCCAUCCCGCGGUCCGCUGGCGAAACACACACUUCUGGAGCCACUUCAGGGAAGGGCGGCACUGAGAAACAAGACAAAGACUAAGGAUGUUCAGUGCUCCGAGCACGAAGACGAGGCCCUGUCCAUGUACUGCAUGGUGUGCAAGGUACCGGUCUGCCCGCUUUGCCUGCACGACACACGCCACACCAGCCAUGACGUUCAAGCCAUCAACUCCAUGUGCAAGGCUCAGAAGACUGAGCUAUCGCAGAACCUGCAGCAGCUGUCGGAGAAGGCGAGGUCCACAACAGAAUUUAUCCAGAGGCUUAAAGGAAUGACGGAUAAAGUAACUGAGAACUGCUCGGACUUCGAGACUCAGGUGUCCACACAGUGCGACGCCCUGAUAGAGGCGAUCCACAGACGCAAGCAGGAACUGUUGGACUUCAUCAGGCAGAACAAGGAGAUGAAGCUGAGAACCCUGAAGGACCAGGUGUCCACCUGCACCUGCAAGCUCCAGCACACAACAGGUCUGCUUCAGUUCUGCAUAGAGGCACUCAAGGAGACAGAUUCCGCUGCUUUCCUGCAGGUUGGGUCCAUGCUCAUAACAAGGGUCGCUAAUGUGGACAUCACCUGGCACAAAGAUGUUGUCACAUCACCAAGAAUAUCACAUGAAUUUGAUCUCACAUUGGAGGACAAGUCUGUGUUGAGGGCCAUUGAGCAACUUAACUUCAUACAGAUGAAACCUGCCAGAGAUGGGGAGGAAAGACUGCCUGCAGCCCCGAACGCACCGGCCAUAAUUCCCGAGGAGUGUAGCGCAGAGAACAACAGUGUCACCGUGGCAUGGCAACCCCCACCCACAUCUUACGUCGAAGGAUACGUGCUGGAGCUGGAUAAUGGCAGUGGUGGAGAAUUCAGGGAAGUUUACUGUGGUAAAGAGACCAUCUGCACUGUGGACGGCCUUCACUUCAACUCCAUGUACAACGCCCGCGUUAAGGCUUUCAACAGCACAGGAGAGGGAGAGUACAGCGAACUGAUCGGUCUGCAGACAGCAGAAGUUGCAUGGUUCACAUUUGACCCGUGCCUCAGUCCCCCAGAGCUCCAGUUCUCGGAGGAUAACUGCACAGUGUCUUGUGAGGGCUAUGAGCAUAGAGUAGCCCUUGGUAGUGUGGGCUUCUCACGUGGUAUUCAUUACUGGGAGUUCUCAAUCAACAGAUAUGACUCAGAUACUGAUCCCAGCUUUGGAAUUGCGCGCCUUGAUGUUGCCAAGGACCAGAUGCUUGGCAAGGAUGAUAAAGGCUGGAGUAUGUAUAUAGACAGGCAGCGAUCAUGGUUUAUGCAUGGGAGUGUUCAUGAGCAGCGGUCAGAAGGAGGGAUCCAGCCUGGCUCAACUGUUGGUGUACUACUUGAUCUUGACAGGCAUCAACUUAGUUUCUACGUGAAUGAAGAACCACAGGGCCCAAUAGCAUUUCAAGACUUGUAUGGAGUGUUCUACCCAGCAGUGAGCCUGAAUCGAGGUGUAUCUGUUACGCUGCACACUGCCAUUGAUCCACCAUCAGAUAGUGAUGAGAGUUGAGAAGCAUCUGAACUAAAACUCCUGCCUACAUAUCUUUCUCUUAGCAAUUCAGAAUAGAACAUCCUUAUCGCCCUCACCAAAGUGAGAGAGUCUCCGUUUCAAAACCUACAAACUCUGUAUACUAUUCUGCCCAUAAAGUAUCCGACCAUGGGCCAGGAAAACAAAGUUCUGUAGCUGGGUGGUUACAAUACCUAAUCGCCUUCAAAGUAGGCCCCUUGUGACUCCACACACU